GUGCUGGAUGUGAAUAUGGGAGAUCUGACCGACUCCAGAGAUCCGAAAAAGACUUGCAUUGUUCCUGCCAUCAAGUCUUAUGAUCAUUAUGAUUUUAAUAGAGCUAAAACCAGAGCCAGCCUCAAAUGGCUGGUGGCCAAAGCCUUUGGUACAGACAGUGUUCCAGAAGACCUGAACGAUCCUUUCUACAGGGACCAGUAUGAGCAGGAGCACCUGAAGCCUCCGGUGGUGGGCCUGCUGCUGUCAGCUGAGCUGUACUGCCGAGCAGGGAGUCUGAUUUUAAAGAGCGAUGCUGUCAAACCUCUGCUGGGUCAUGACGCCGUCAUCCAGGCUCUGGCUCAGAAGGGCCUGUACGUCACCGACCAGGAGAGACUGGUGACCGAGAGAGACCUGCAGAAGAAACCCAUUCAGAUGAGUGCCCACCUGGCCAUGAUUGACACGCUGAUGAUGGCGUAUACAGUAGAGACAGUGAGUGUGGAGAAGGUGAUGGCCUGCAUGCAGCAAUACUCCACCGAUUACCCAGACGGAGACGUGCCCUACGACACAGAGGAUGCCGUCACUAGCUGGGUGAAUAAGGUGAAUGAAUACUUGAAAGAAAUCAUAAUGCAGGAGCAACGGAGGACGGAGGCGCAGAACGCAGAGCCUGUUGAGAAUCCAAAGUCUCCAACCAAGUGGUAUAUGAAGCUGGUUCCUGCACGUUAUAGGAAGGAGCAGGUUCUGCCCAAGAUGGUGCCGUGGAUCCCCCCAGUGGACAACCUCCUGAAGGACAGCACAGAUGGCUGUGCCCUCGCCGCCCUGCUGCACUUUUACUGCCCCACCAUCGUCUUCCUGGGAGACAUUUGCCUGAAGGAGACCAUGUCGCUGGCAGACAGUCUGUACAACCUCCAGCUCAUCCAGGACUUCUGUAAGGAACACUUGAACCAUUGCUGCCACUUCAAUCUGGAGGACAUGCUCUACGCUCAUACUUCCAUCAAAAAUAACUAUCUUGUGUUUAUGGCUGAGCUCUUCUGGUGGUUCGAGGUUGUUAUGCCGCCAUUCGUCCAGCCUCAGGUGUUGGAUACUGAAGCACCAGCCCCUUCACUGAAAAAUUUGCCAUCUGUGCCCAUCUCAAAGGUCACAAAGAGAAGUUUCAUGGAACGACCGCCUAGUCCAGACAGACCAAGUCUCCCGCUCCGACCUCAACCACAGACUUCAGGCUCAGGUGAGAUCAAGAGAUCAACCUCAAUGUCAUUUGUGGAAAGCUUCAUGGGUACUUGGCCCAAAGAGAAGAAGUCUGCUGCUCAGGGAGUGUUCUUUGAAAUCCCACUUGAUAAAGAGAGCACCAAUCAAACACCUACUGGCCGAGGGAUGACUCGGUCUGUCAGCACUGAAGGAUUUGGUUUCAAGAUGCCCCACGGCACCAGGGGCAUCAAGAGAAACCUGUCCUUUCAGCCUGUCAACGGCAAGAACAUGGGCAUUGAUGAGGACGUCUGUCCUGACAGCCUGUCAGGAAAUCAUAAUGGCCGUCUAAAUGGCUCAGGGCCACCUAGCAUCAAAGAGGCCCUUGAGAUCAUCCACAACUCAGAGAAGAAAUCUCAGAGCCCUAGGGCCCAUGCGCCCAGUGAGGGCUUCUUUCUUCACCUCCAGAAUAAAAGUGAUUUGAACCCUGAAGCAAAGGAUGGCGAGCUAGACUCAGUUUCAGAGUCAUCCAAAGGGGUUGCUAGCACAUCCACCACUGAAGUAGACACCGGCAUCCAUGUGCGGACGGAGGACAUCCAAGAGACACUAGAUGAGGACUCAUCCCUAAGGGAUUGUACUGUCAGCAUGGAGUUUGACACAGAUCAAGCCUUUGAAGCAAGAGCUUGCCAUAGCCAGGGCUCUACAAGCUCAUGUCCCAGCAGCCUAAGCAGCAAGUCCCCUGCUGGAAGCACCCCUGCUUUUACACCUGGGAUUAAGAUGACCAGCUUUGCUGAGCAGAAAUUCCGUAAAUUGAAUCCAGCACCUCACUCUGUUUCCUGGGCUCCUUCACCUGAGGUCAGCCCUGCACAUCAGCCAUCCAAGGACCCGGCCCAGGCCAUGGCUGCGGAAAUGGUGCAGCUGCACAUGAGACUUGAGGAGAAGCGUCGAGCCAUUGAGGCUCAGAAGAAGAAAGUAGAGGCGGCUUUUACCCGACACCGUCAGAAGAUGGGACGCAGUGCCUUCCUCACAGUUGUCAAGAGGAAAGGAGUAGAUGGCACCUCACCUUCUCAGGAGGACACUCCUAGCUCAGAGGGAAGCAAGACGCCAGCGGAGACACCUCAGCCAGUCAAGUCUCUGGUGAAGUCUGCGGGUGAGGACGGCACAUCCGAAGCGGACCUGAUGGAAUACACACGUUCCAUUGAGAAGCUCAAUGCUUCCCUGAGCUUCUUGCAGAGUGAGAUGCAGCGGCUGGCCCAGCAGCAGGAGGUAAUCAUGCAGAUGCGGGAGCAACAGGCUUGGGUUGUGUCGCCACCUCAACCUUCGCCGCAAAAGCAGGUGCAAGAGCUCCGAGGGAGUGGGGCACGCUCUUCUGGGUCUCCCUCACCUGCGGAUUCUCCUAGAGCUACGCACUGUUCCCCUACAAACCUUAAGAGGAAGUCUGCUUCUUUCCAUUCCAAGACACCAAGGACACCCAGACCCAGUGAGCUAAAGAUCACUCCCUUCAACCGAGUCCUGACUGUUCCACAGUCGGUGGACAGCAUACCACGCUUGAGAAGGUUCUCCCCAUCUCAGUCCGUGUCCUGCUCAUUUUCUUAUUUGGGAAAUGAGAAGAAACCACCAUCAGGAGCUGAAGCUACAGACAAGGACAUAGAACAAGGCCUUGAGUCAUUGUCGAUUGAAUGUUCUUCUGGUACCAUCACCUCCCCAACCAAAGAAACCCAACAGGAUGUAACCGAAGAUGCUGACUUGUCAGCCAAGGAGCCAGAAGAAAGGGGAGAGGAGAGCAAGAAGGAGAACAGACAAACAGAAGAAAGGGAACAGCUGAAGAAGCCAACAAAUGAGAUAAAGCCGGUAGUGGAAUCUAGUGUGUCGGAAGUUUUGACGCAGAUCGUAAUGGAGACCGUCAUUGUCACUCCCACCGAGCCAGUUGAUAUCGCCCAUCAGACCAACAAAAAUUUGAUUGAGGUUCCAUUGUCUGUUCUCAAGCCCCUGGAUGGACAGACGUUGCAAGAUGAAGGCGAGAAGGAGACUUCAGGGGAAAAUCUGGACGAUGAGCAGAAAAUGUUCCGUGGAUUCUUCUUUAAGGAUGAUAUGAAGGAAGAGGACAGCAUGGCCAUGAAGCGAGCAGCGCUUCUGGAGAAAAGACUGAGAAGAGAACGGGAGAGCCAGCAAAGGAAACAGCAGCUGGAAGUGGAGCUUGAGCAAAAGAAAGAAGAGGCCAGAUUGAAAGCAGAGGAAGACCGCAUGAAGAAGGAAGAAGACAAAGCCCGGCGGGAGUUCAUCAAACAGGAGUACCUGAGGAGAAAACAGCUGAAGCUUAUGGAGGACAUGGACACGCUUGUCAAACCACGGCCUAUGGGGGCCAAACAGAGAAAACCACGGCCCAAAUCCAUCCACAGAGAUGUGAUGGAGUCCCCCAGGACUCCUGUCAGGGCCAUGGCAGGUUCACGACCUCGUGUUUUUUCAGUUUCCAGCCUGUCUCUGGCAUCUCUUGGAGAUAAUGACAGUGUCAACUCAGAUAAGAAAACACAAAGAAGCAACAGCUUAGCAUCUGGCAGUCUUUUCUUCUAUUUGAGCUCUACUAGUGUGAGAAAUAGAAGGCCUGAUUCAGCAGACGGUUGCCUGUCGCCCACUCGCUCCAGCAGCCGUAAUGGAGAGAAAGACUGGGAGAAUGGUUCCACCACAUCCUCACUAACGUCUAACACAGAAUACACAGGUCCCAAAUUAUAUAAGGAACCCAGUGCAAAGUCAAAUAAGCAUAUAAUUCAGAAUGCUUUGGCACAUUGCUGUUUGGCUGGCAAAGUCAAUGAGGGACAGAAAAACAAGAUUUUGGAAGAAAUGGAGAAAUCAGGGGCCAACAACUUCCUGAUCCUGUUCCGGGAUUCUGGCUGCCAGUUCCGCUCUCUCUACAUGUACUGCCCCGACACAGAGGAGAUCAACAAGAUGGCCGGCAUCGGUCCUAAAACCAUCUCGCGCAAGAUGAUCGACGGCCUCUACAAGUACAACUCAGACAGGAAGCAGUUCAGCCAAAUUCCAGCCAAGACCAUGUCGGCAAGCGUCGAUGCCAUCACGAUCCACAGCCACCUGUGGCACAAAAAACCAGGAACGCCGAAGAAAGUAGCGGCCGUGAAGUCCUAGUGUUUCUAAACGCUGGACGUACACAAUCUCAAUGCACUUGUUUGUACAUAAUCGAAUCCUACAACACUUUUUACACUCUUCCGUCAGCUGUCGUUUGGACACACAAGAUUGCGAAAAUUAUGCACAACUGGAAUGUAAAACUCUAUGGGGUGGCAAAUGGAUCUAACUCAUGUGUCAGACACCCAAGACUGUGUGAUUCAAGUUGUUUUACUGCACCGCAUAAAUGUUGUUUUUAUUUAAAUGUGCCAAAAAAAAAAAAGGAAAAUAAUGAAAAGUUGUCAUGGAUGACCUGUUAUUUUAAUUUGGUACACUAAAGCACUGAAUGUUCUUAGUUUGUACAGAAAUCUCGCACAUAUGUUGACGUGUGGCCUUAUGUUGUUUUUUGUCUAUAUUUUAAUCAUGUUUUUAUUUCAUUUAUUUUUGACAACUGUCCUGAUAUGAUUGUACGGCUGCUUAUGGAAAGGUUCUCACAUGCAUUGCUUGUGAUUCUAACAGUUUAGUACUGCAAGGGAAUCCUGUCAUAUCUAGUAUACACUAACCAGUGUGCUAAUGUGCAGCGAGUGGGUUAGUUUGCAGCCCGAACCCACUUUUGAUGGGUUUUAACAUUAUCUAAUGGCAUUGAUUCACAGCAGGAUUGUGAAUUCAUUUCAUUCCGUUCCUGUAGGUGUUUUUGCUUUUUAUAUACAUGUAUGUAUGUAUAUAUAUAUAUAUAUAUAUAUAUAUAUUUUGGGGGUUUUUUGGACCGACUGAUGGAAAUGUUCAGCAUAAUGAUUUAAUCAAUAUUUAUCUUUCAUGAAAGGUCUUAAAUAAGACUAGGUGUUAGAAAACCAAACCUUUCUGUUAUAUUGUUGGUGCGAUUAAAAAAAAAAUCAGGUGGAUUAUCUUUGAUUGAAUUGUUUGAACGAUAUUUCUAUGGAUGAAGAUGAAUAACAUCAUGUGCUGGAGUAAUAAUCAUUUUCAAAAUACUUUUGUACUGUUAUGUAUGCUUGUGGUGACUGAUCUGAAGUAUUUCCCUGUCCCUGGUCACGCAAAAGUAUUAAAAGCAGUUUGCCAAAUGA